AGGGACAGGGCUGGGCUGGGUGAUCCCUGUGGGUCCCUUCCAGCUUGGGAUAGUCUGUGAUUCGAUGAAAAUCCCUAAAACGCAUCAGAAUCGCCCAGAAAGUUUCGCAGUUGCAGUAAAGGCAUGAAAAGCUGCUCCUGCUCUCGUCAUUUCUGAAGUGAGAGGGCACAAAGUUAACACUCCCCAGGCGGAUUUUUGUGGGGUCUUCCCAUGACGAAGCGCACGACGAGUGGCCGGAUCCCGGUCACGGUGAUGAUCCAGGCAUUGCUUGGAAAUCAGGUCGGCACAGGGGUUUGCAUUUGUCAUCUGUCACCGCAACACGCCUGGCCCCGGCUCCCCGGCACCGGGAGAAAGCAGCUCCGAGGUGGGACAUCAGCGGGGUGCGAGACCUUCUCCCUGGGCCGUGCGGUGGAGCCGGGGUGUCCCGGCAGGACUGGGAGCAGCCCCACGCUCCCGUCCCGCGGCCGGCGUUCCAAACAAGCCUUUGUGCGGGUUUCCUGUCCCUCUGGGAACAGCAUGUCCCGCUGCCGGGUCACGGUCAUUUCAGGAAAUGUAGACGGGAUUUUUUUUUCGAUGGAUGACAUCACCAAGUUUUCCAUGGCUGCUGCGGUGCAGUGGGUGGAGCGGCUCCCAUGCCGGGGGAGCUGUGCCCGUGCCAUCCCCGGUGCCGGCACACGCAGGGAUGCUGUCCCCGGCUCGCUGGCAGGGAGCAUCCCGCCCUGGCGGUGCCUGGGCAGCACUGGGUGUCCCUGAGCGCCCCACGGCCCUGCCGCGCCCUUCACUCCCACCCCCUCCUCUCCGGCGCCGUGUUCGCAGCCAGGCUCCCGGGAGAGUCACCGUGGCCGCUGUGUCACUGCUCGGUCACCGCGCCCGGCUCUGACAGCGAGGAUUUCCCGGCGCCGGGUGAAUUCCCCGCGGGGAGAGCCCGCCCGUCCCCGCCCCGCCGGCGCACAGGCGGUAAAACCCCGGAGCCGGGCUGGGGACCCCGGCUGACAAGUGCUGCCGCUGUGACCUUUGCCGAGCGAGUUCCCCUGCAAAAAGCACCUCGCCGAGCGCUCAGUGCGGGCCGCGCCGCGCGUUUCCCGCACACGGCAUCCCCGCUGCGAUCGGCGUCCUGCCGUGCCCGUCCUGCCCGAGCUGGCCUCCCCGCGCCCCGCGCCGGCCGCGCCGGACGGAGGUGGCCAUGACGCUCUGUGCGCAGUCUCUGGACAUACAGCCAGAACUUUUCGUUCACAUGGCAGCAGCAAACUCUUCUCCACCUGGUUCUCUGGAUCUAAACCAGCCUGGGUUUGCAAAGGAGAUCCUGGGAACUAAGCUGGAGGUCAAAUACCUGUGCUCUGACUGCAAGAACAUCCUCAGGCGGCCGUUCCAGGCACAGUGCGGCCAUCGCUACUGCUCCUACUGCCUGAAGAGAAUCAUCAGUGCUGGACCUCAAAAGUGUGCCAGCUGUAUCCAGGAAGGAAUAUAUGAAGAAGGAAUUUCUAUUUUGGAAACAAGCUCGGCUUUCCCGGACAACGCGGCGCGGCGGGAGGUGGAGAGUCUGCCUGCUGUCUGCAUCAACAGCGGCUGCACCUGGAAGGGAACCAUCAAAGAGUACGAGGCUCAUGAUGAAGUCUGCCCUGAAUUCCCGCUGACUUGUGAAGGCUGUGGGAAGAAGAUUCCCAGGGAGAAGUUUCGGGACCACGUGAAGACAUGUGGCAGAUCCAAAGUACCUUGCCGGUUCGAGGCUGUGGGCUGUGCUGAGGUGGUGGAAAAUGAAAAGCUCCUGGAACAUGAAAGGAAGUGUUUGGCAGAGCAUCUCUACAUGCUUCUGAGCUCUGUGCUCAGCCUCAAGACUGGUGCUGGGGACCUGAAGCCCCUUGCUGUUCCUUCAUCAUCACAAAACAGCUCCCCGCUUCUGGCAGCAAACUCACUGUGCUCAGAGUCGGAGCUCUCCCGGUCCCUGGAGCUUUUGGGAAGGUGUGAGGCCCUUGAGAGGAAAACAGUUACCUUUGAGAACAUUGUCUGUGUGCUUAACCGGGAGGUGGAGAGAGUUUCCCUGACAGCUGAAGCCUACAGUCGGCAGCACCGGCUGGACCAGGAGAAAAUUGAAACACUGAGCAACAAGGUCCGGCAGCUGGAGAGGAGCAUUGGGCUUAAAGACCUGGCCAUGGCCGAGAUGGAGGAGAAGAUCCGCAACAUGGAGGCUUCCACCUACGAUGGGGUUUUCAUCUGGAAGAUAACGGAGUUUGCCCGCAAGCGUCAGGAGGCGAUAACAGGCCGCUCUCCUGCCAUCUUCUCCCCAGCUUUCUACACCAGCAAGUACGGCUACAAGAUGUGUCUGCGCGUGUACCUGAACGGGGACGGCACCGGCCGCGGGACCCACCUGUCCUUGUUUUUUGUGGUGAUGAAGGGACCUAACGACGCGCUGCUGCGCUGGCCCUUCAACCAGAAGGUCACCCUGAUGCUUCUGGACCAGAAUAACCGGGAGCACAUCAUCGACGCCUUCCGCCCUGAUGUGACAUCCUCAUCCUUCCAGCGCCCUGUCACGGAGAUGAACAUCGCCAGUGGCUGCCCCCUCUUCUGCCCCGUGUCCGUCAUGGAAGCCAAGAACUCCUACGUGCGUGAUGAUGCCAUCUUUAUUAAAGCCAUCGUUGAUCUCACAGGCCUCUAACCCUCCUGACCUUGGAGCAGUGAGUGUGGAACCAGCACUGCCCAGGGCAUCUCCCGCUUGUGCUGCACUUCAGGCAGGUCUCAGAGCAAGAGAGAGGAAAAGAGAGAGGAAAAGCCCUUCCUGAAAGGGACCUUUGCUCUGAGUGGAAAUGAGGUGUCUGACAGGAGCCCUCUUUCCUGAGGAGAGGGUUGGGUGGAUACUGGCAGGCUGUGGAAUAUGGGAGAUCCCUGCAGAGACUUGGAUGUCUGAACUGCUGCUGUCUGGACUCCAGUGGAAACCAGUGCAGCUCUUGCUCUACCAGCUUAGCCGACAUCCACAGCUCUCUAGUAAAACAGCGGUGUGCCCUGCCUGAGCUCCACCUCCUGUGGAUUUUGGCUCAGCUGUCUAGGAUUUCCUUCUGAGAUCUCCGUGUUUCUCGAAGCUGUGCGCUGUGGGGUGCCAUGGCUUUGCACUGCUGGUUGCUCCACACCCCGGAGACAAGGAGGGUGUGUGACAGCUGCAGUGCCAGCUGGGCAAGAGAGACACAGACUGGUUUGAUGCCGUUGCUGUGUUAGGAGGGUGCUGAGCCCAGCUGCAGGGCAGGGGAGCCCUGAGUCCAGCCUUGCUGGGUGUGUGAUGGGUGGUGUGUGCUGGAGUGUGGAAUGGGGCAGGACGUGCUGCUGCCCAGGAGGGACCUUGGGGCAGCACCAGGGAUGCCUGUGGGGAAGAAGUGAAUGUGUUGUGGAGAUUGUCCCUCCUGUUGCAGGAGAGGAGGGUGACACAGGGUGUGCACACUGAGAGCUCCACGCCCUGCCCCUCUGCCCCGUGUGCCGAGCAGCACUGGGUGGGGUGGAUGCUGUGCUGGGAGCUGUCUUUGCUCAUAGGCAAAGACACAGAACUGGCUUUGUUCCCACGGUGGGACAGCUCCACCAGCCUUCCCAGGGCUCCUGCUGCUGAGCUCCACAUCCAGCUGUGGCUGCACUGCCGUGUCUGUCUGGGCACUGCAGCCUUGGGCUGUGGGAUGUGUACUGUCUGCCCAUGCAGUGGGCACUGCUGGCCAGCCCCUGCACUCUCAGUGCCUGCAGUCACCAGCAGCAGGUCUCCCUCACUGUUCCUCCCCAUCCCUGAGCUCAGGAGUCAUGGGCCAUUGGUUCCAGGUGGCAGCACCUUGGAGCUCUUCCUCCACUUGGGCCCAUGUUGAAUCUGCAGCCAGCUGGGUAGGAUCUGGGGCUGGAGAAGUGAAGAGUGCUGUCCCUUUUCUGUCCCUGGAUUCCUUCCCUCUGGGCAGCACAUGUUCAGCAGCCAUGAGAACGUGUCUCUUGAUGUUAGUGGGGAAGAACUGGCUGCCACAUCCCUGCAUAGUGCCUCCUGCAGCUUUGUUGUGGCCAUGGGUAGCUCUGGAUGGGCCCUGAUCCAGGGUGUUGCCUCCUUUGCCUGGGCUUCCCACACCCCUGUCAGUGGCUGAUCGUGCCACAGGAGAUGUUUUGUUGAUGACAGGAACCAGCUGUGACCACCCUGCAAUGAUCAGGGGCCCUGGCUGGCUCUUGUGCUGCUCCUCGGGCCGUGGGGCUGCAGCAUGGUCACCCUCCUCAGUGGCUGCCAGGGAUUGGCCCUCCACUGCCAGCAGCUCCUGCCAGGUGCCCAGCCCGGGUCUGAUGGCUGCAGAGCCUGCCAGGCUUGUGGUCUGCUCACACCUUGGCUCUGGCACAGCCACCCUGAGGGGUCCAGAACACCAUCAGGCUCUGCCCUGGCAGGGAGCCCUGCAGGGUCUGGCUGUCCCACCAUGUACUGGCACAGCCCUGACCUGCCCCUGGGGCUGUUUGGAACGUCCCUGCUGCUGCCCAGGAACUCAGGGGCCUCCAACCCUCCUAACCUUGGAGCAGUGAGCAUGCCCAGGAACUCAGGGGUGCCCAGUGCCCUGCAGGCUGAGCUGGACCCUGGCCCAAGCUGAACUUGCAGCCAUGGCUGCUGUGCUGGCCAGGUGCUCUUCAAACAGGUGCUGGGGUGACCUGUGAGCCCCCUUUGGAAUCACUGCAUGGAACUUGUCACAUGUGUGUGCAGGGUCUGGGGACAGACCCAGCCCCUGCUCUUGGGGGAGUGGGACAGAGGCUGGUGACAGCAGAGCCUGAGGUGGGAGGGGUCACAGGACCCUUCCUUUUGUGCAAAGCCCCCUCCAGCCUGUCCAAAGGGACAGAUCAAGCCCUGUGUUGCUGCUCUCACUCUGUGCCUUAUGAGGAAAAUCCAGGCUAGCAGAGCCCUGCUCUCAUCUACAGCAGCUCCCCAGGGAUGCUUGGAAAAGCCUGGGAAGGGAGAGGAAGGUCAGCUCUGCUCAUAGAAUUUCUGGGAGUUAAGAGUUGUGUGGGGGGAGCUUGUUCUGUGUUGAUCAGAAUGUCUGCUCAUGGGGUGCUGCCUGCAGCGGGGCUGGGGGCUCUGGCCAGGUAGUGCCAGGAGGGACUGUGGAGAUGCUGGCUCAGCUGGAGCCACCUGGGCUGCUUUUGGGGUGGAACUGGUCCUCCUGCCCCAGCACAUGUUGGAAGGUCUGUGGGAGAGUCAGUGCUGCAGCAAAGCUCAGGCUGAGCUCCGCAGGCCACGGGCUUACUGCUGGAGGGGAAACAUGGCCUGUCAACCCCUCCCACUGGGAGCUUUUUCCUCCCCACCCUUCUGGUACUGCUGAUGCCGUCCGGGCCUUUUUUGGCUCUCAGCAGCUCUGGAGCUGGCAGCAGGAAUUGUGCUUAUGUGCUGCAGGCAGGGGCCCAGCCCUGUCCUGGGCACAGCUCUGGCAGCCACAUGGACAAACACAGGACACAAGCCACCCCUGGAUUUUUGUAGGUUUUUUUUUUCCCUUUUGACUACACUAUCUCAGCCUGGCACUGUGAACUAGGAUUUGUUUUCCUUGAGGGUGUAAUAAGGUCAGAAGCACUAAUAAAAGCUGUUUGAACAGCA